AUGAGCGGCUCUUUCGAUAAGAAGCUCUCCAGCAUCCUGACGGACCUCUCGGGCUCGCUGAGCUGCCACGCAGCCUCCAAGGACUCUCCCACCCUGCCGGAGUCCUCGGUCACCGACUUGGGCUACUACACGGGCCAGCAUGACUACUACCCGGGCCAGUCGUACGGGCAGCCCGUGGGCCACUACCCCUACCCCCAGUUCAACCUGAACGGCAUCGGCGCCGCCGGCACCUACUCGCCCAAAUCCGAAUAUUCCUACAGCCCCUCGUACCGCCAGUACGGCCACUUCAGGGAGCAGCAGCUGCCGGCGCAGGAAGCAGUGUCCGUGAAGGAGGAGCCGGAGCCGGAGGUGCGGAUGGUCAAUGGGAAGCCCAAGAAGAUCCGCAAGCCCCGCACCAUCUACUCCAGUUACCAGCUGGCCGCCCUGCAGCGCCGCUUCCAGAAGGCGCAGUACCUGGCACUGCCCGAGCGCGCCGAGCUGGCGGCACAGCUGGGGCUCACCCAGACCCAGGUGAAGAUCUGGUUCCAGAACCGGCGCUCCAAGUUCAAGAAGCUCUACAAGAACGGCGAGGUGCCCCUGGAGCACAGCCCCAACAACAGCGACUCCAUGGCCUGCAAUUCUCCGCCGUCCCCGCCGGUGUGGGACAGCCCCGGGGGCAGCGCCCGGACCCCGCUGCCGCAGCCGCUGCCCUACAGCUCCUCGCCGGGGUUCCUGGAGGAGCACAACCCCUGGUACCACCCCCAGAACCUCCACGGACCCCACCAGGCACAGGCGGCGCCCCCCAUGCACCACCCGUCCCCCGGGCCCCCCAGCACGGGCGCCGUGUACUGA